AAUUGGAUAGAACAGCCAUUGGGGGAAGUGCUGCACGAUAACAGGGCUGCAAGCUAACUGUGGAGGGAUCUCCGGAGUGGAAAAAAAGACGUAAAGAUUCAACUGUGGACAGAGAUUGUGCCGGAUCCAAAAACAAUAUUCUGUGGAGAUCUAUAAAUAUUAUCUGGACUUAUUUAAGCUUGGACAUUGAAUCCGAGCGGACCGGAUAAGACACUUGGACUGUGGGAGUUGAUCUGGGGAUACGAGCAGUGGAAAAACACUUUAGCUAGCCUAGCCAGCUAACUGAGCUGGGAACCAUCGGAAACCGGAGCAUCAGAUACACUGACCUGCUAGGCUCCGUGCGAAUCCAGGGACUUGCUUAAUGAAUUAUGUCUGCCACGAGCAUUGACCCUCAGAGAUCAAAGGGACAAGCAUCUAAAGAGACAUACGUUUUGGAGCAUCUGAUGACCUAGCAUGUGCAAAAUGGUUCGCUGCAUCAGAAGGAGACUGUCCACGACAAUGACUUUGAGCCGUACCUCACUGGCCAAUCAACCCAGCAGCUACCAGUCCAUGACCGACCCCUACCUGUCCAACUACUACGCCCCCUCCAUCGGCUUCCCCUACCCCCUCAGUGAGGCCCCCUGGUCCACCGGUGGAGACCCCCCAAUCCCUUACCUCACCCCCUACGGACCCUUGAGCAAUGGAGACCACCACUUCAUGCCCGACACCGUGUUUGGCCAGCCUGGAGGGCUUGGCAGCAGCAUCUACCCCCACCGUUUUAACUUUUUUCCUGAGAACCCGACCUUCUCCGCCUGGGGCACCAGUGGCACCCAGGGCCAGCAGACUCAGAGCUCAGCCUACGGUGGCAGCUAUAGCUACCCUCCCAGCUCCCUGGGGGGCACACUGGUGCCUGAAGGCCAGACAGGCUUCCAUAGCGACACCCUCAACAAGGCCCCUGGCAUGAACAGCCUGGAGCAGGGCAUGGUGGGCCUGAAGAUUGGUGGUGACCUCACAGGCCAGGGGUCAGUGGUCAAGACUGUGGGCUCUGUGAUUGGCGGACCGCCGGUGGUGGCACAGGGGAACGGGGGUACGCCCAUCAGUAUGCCCCCGCCCAAGCCCGCCUCCUGGGCGGCCAUAGCUAGUAAGCCGGCCAAGCCCCAGCAGCUGAAGACCAAGGUGAAACCAGGCAUGCCCAGCCCUGGGGGAGCCCUGCCCCCUCCGCCCAUCAAACACAACAUGGACAUUGGCACUUGGGACAACAAGGGGCCUGUGAAUAAAGUGGCCCAAGCCCCCAUGCAGCAGCAGCAGGCUAUGAGCAUGCCCCAUGGCCACCACAUGCAGCCCCAGAACCCAAUGCAGCAGCAGAUGCAGCCCAUGGCCUUACAGCACCAGCCCCCCCACCACCAUCACCACCAGCACCCUCCUCAACCCUACCAGAACCAGACCCAACCCCCACCUCCCCAGACUCGCUGGGUCGCCCCGCGCAACCGUAACCUUGGAUACGGGCAGGGAGGGGCCGGCAUGGACGGUAGCAGCAUGAUUGGCAUAGUCGGCGGGGGUAACGGCGGUCCCCCCGGUUCUGCUGUUAUGGUCCCUUGUGGAGCGGAGAACCACCCGGUGUUGGAGAAGCUGUGUGCUGCCCACAGCUACAACCCCAAGGAGUUUGAGUGGAACCUGAAGAACGGCCGCGUGUUCAUCAUCAAGAGCUACUCUGAGGACGACAUCCACCGCUCCAUCAAGUACUCCAUCUGGUGCAGCACCGAGCACGGCAACAAGCGCCUGGAUGGGGCCUUCCGCAGCCUCAACGGCAAAGGACCCGUCUACCUGCUAUUCAGCGUCAACGGCAGCGGCCACUUCUGCGGCGUGGCCGAGAUGCGCUCAUCCGUGGACUACGGCACCAGCGCCGGCGUGUGGGCGCAGGACAAGUGGAAGGGCAAGUUUGACGUGGACUGGCUGUUUGUAAAGGACGUGCCCAACAGCCAGCUGCGCCACAUCCGCUUGGAGAACAACGACAACAAGCCUGUGACCAACUCCCGGGACACUCAGGAGGUCCCUCUGGAGAAGGCCAAGCAGGUGAUGAAGAUCAUAGUGGGCUUCAAGCACACCACCUCCAUCUUCGACGACUUCUCCCACUAUGAGAAGAGGCAGGAGGAAGAGGAGGAGGUACGCAAGACCUUUGAGCCGCCUGCACCCAUCCAGAACCGGUCUCGGCUGGAUCAGGAGCGCCAAAACAGGAACUGGGUUUGUUUUUGACCUCUCCUGCCCCCUCCCUUCCUACUCUUACUCGCAUUGAAUCAGGGUUUGACAGCACCAAGGAGAAGAGAGAAUAUCUGCCACUUUAUAUUUCUGUACAAUCAGGAACUGCCAUGUCCUGCCCCUGUUUGUCCAUUGGGGGGCGGUGUUGCCAUCCUUCAGAGGUUUAACUGUCCCAACAGGGUUGGAGGAUCCCAAAGGCAAAACAUGUUUGGACUUAGAACUGUGUGCGAUAAUGAGACUUCAGCGGUUUAUCUAUUUUUCAUUCACGAUCAACAAAGUCUAUAUUUUAUGGCUUACUACUGACAAUUUUCAGUUCAGAAAGAUGAUUUUUCUGGAGCCUUAAUAUUUCGUUUUCUAGUUAUUGAUGACUUGUCAAAAUAAUCUUUAACAGACAGUGCUGGAGAAAUCAGGGAUAGUCUGAAGUCAGACUCAGGACAUUUCAAAGGAGGAUGUGUGCAAAGGCCUCUGGGAAGGAAGUAACUGAUGGGUGUCCUCCAUGAUGAUGGAGCUCUCACCAUCUGAAUUGAAAAUGAUACUAUUUUACAUCCCUAACACCCCUCCACUUUUUUUUUGAUAAAUGACAUUCGUCUUGAAGAAGUUUUGUGUCAUUAUCGGGAGAUUCUGUUCACGUACUCAAGCCAGUCUGAGAGAAAUGUAGCAUUCACCAUUUUUUAUUAAUUAUUUUAUAAUUAGAAUGAUGUGCUGUAACUGCUACAUGUGAAUUAAUUGUUUGUUGCUCUUUUUGGAAAAAUCACUUCGGUUAAUUAUCUGUUCAACAUCAUUCUGUCUUAAUCCUUUGUUUUGUUUGACUUUUUCCCUUCUCAAAAUUUGUUUUGCUAUAAAUCUAUCAUGUCCUUGGUAAUGCUAAGAUUUAACUUAGGAGUCUGUAGUCAUGGAGAUAACCUGAAAUGAAUGUAACUGAUUUACUAUCAAGAGUAAGAAAAGAAUAAGAACUAAAAAUGGUUUCUGUCUUUUUUGUUGCUAAAAAUAUUUUGUAUAUGUUUUGGAAUGGUGUCAUUGAUUAAUAUAUAUGAAGAUAAGUCAGUGGUAUCAGGAAGUAUCUAUCCAUAGAGAUUGAUUGGGGGUUGAACAUUGAAAGAUAAACAAUUAUCCCUCUAAUUAAUAGCCUACAUUGCGCAAUCAUGCAGGCUACAAUCACAGUCUGGUAAACUUGAUUACAUUCUGGUAAACACUAUACAACUCUUUUGAGUAAUGGUUGGCACAAUGAUUGAUUUCUUUCUAGUACAGUUCCUUUACUGACCGUGCAGCAGUGUUUCCUUUGUUCUCUUAUCUCAGACAUGCUGGAUUCCCAUUCUGCACAGAGAGACAGGAUAUAAACUGUUCUGAGUGCAGUUCAAUCCAGUUUCUUGUAUUGUAGAUUUAUUCUGACCUGAGCAUUAAACCUGGCAUUCUGUGACAUCACAGUGUGUGUGAGCGAGAGAGAGACAUGGAUGUGAAUGCUGUCACUGCACAUCAGUGGAGGAGCUAUAGGAGGAUGGGCUCAUUGUAAUGGCUGGAAUUAAAUAACUGGAAUGGAGUCGAACGUGGUUUCUAUGUUUGAAACUGUUCAGUUUAUUCCAUUCCAGCCAUUACAAUGAGCCCGUCCUCCUAUAGCUCCUUCCACCAGCCUCCACUGCUGUACGUGAGUGUGAACCCGCGUUUCUUAUGUUCAUAGAGUUGCAACAGCGUUGUUACUUGCAAUGUGCGUGGAUCAGUUCCAGACUUGCUGGAUGUUUGUCACCACAGCCCAAUCUCAGAUGUUGGUUUUGUCUGUACUCUGUUGCAUAGCUGCUCCUUCACCCUGGCCAGUGUAGUGUAGCCCCUGGAUGUCUGGAGACAUGACCUCAUACAGGGGUGCAUCUCAAUAGUCAUAAAGUGGCUUCCUUCAUCUGCAGUAAUGUGAAAACACAGGGUUAAAGCCAUGUGGGUGGAUGCUUUCUGUGGUGUUUUCUUUCACCAGUCGUCUUUCACACCAGUAUAGAUGAAGGAAAGGAGACCAGUAGAGGAAGCUACUUUAGAUUAUAGACAUUGGUGUUGUCUUUCUUUUGGUCAAGAAGCAUGAAAUGGAUGUGUUGCCGAUAGUUCAGGACUUACAUGCACGCGUCGAGUUUGCUGCAAUAGAGGGCUAUGUGUAUGGUUCUAAAAUAAAGGAUAUAUCUACUACACUAAAGGAAUACAUUUUUAAAAAAUAACAAAAUUAUCGUAUAGACUUGCAAGUAAACCAAUUUAGCUAUAUCAGUGGGGAUAACCUGCAAGGUUUUGAAAGCUCUAUCUUGGUUAAUUUUAUUUUUUUCCUUUAGAAAAAAAUCAAGCCUUAAUAAACUGUAUAUUUAGCAACAA